AUGCGGCCGACAGGCCCAGUUUAUCUCAAUGGGGUUCCUCUCGCCCGCGAACUAUUCACGAAGUGGCUCGACGAGGACCCCUACGGCACCGGUGAUUCAACGAAUGUGGUGGUCGACGUGCACCGCCCCGAUAAUAAGGGUUUUGGGGAUGCCGAGGCCGCGGCGGACGCUUGGAGGGAGGCCGUCGCGGCGCUGGACGAGCCCGACGACGACGACGCGUUGGUGGCCGAGGUGUUGAGGGUCGCCGAUGCCAAUACUGUGGAUGGCGCCGUCGACACGUCUCACUUAACGAGCUAUGGCGAGCUAGGAAACCAUGUGAUGAGGGAACUGGGCCCCGGUGCGGUCGCCGUCGACUACGUCGAGCGGUGUGCGUUAACUUGGCGCGCACAGCGCGACGCGCCGAGGGGGCCCUGGUGGCGCGCCUCGACGGACUACACCGAGCUUCCAGCAAAGGUGUCACCGUCCGAGGAGGAGGAGCAGGAGGUCUUUGUCGAGGAUGAGGAUGAGGGCGUCCUCUUGGGCGCCACGAACGCGCUGGCGGCGCGGCUGAAGGCCGUCGAGGAGCGGCGGGAACGGGAACUUGAUGAGGAAGCGAGGCGAGUCGCCGAGGACGUCGCUGCGUUGCGACGGGCGCGGCGCGCGGCGGAUCGGCGCGCUGCUGAGGCGGAGCGCGCUCGAUUAGCGGCUGAAGUGGAGCGCGAGGAGGCGGCGGUGCGGCGCGACGUGACGGCGGCGCUGCAGCGGCGUGUGGAAGAGUUGGAACGGGAGCUGGCGACGCGCGAUGCGGUCCAGGAGGCGCCGGCUCCCCAAUCGCCGUCCAAGGCCGUCCAGCAGCUGCGAAAGUCGCUGGAGCGGCCGGCCGACCGGCCGCGCCGCGCGCCGCCGCCGCCGACGACGGCCCGCGACGCGGCGACGGCUCUCCAACGCGUGGCCCGCGGCAAUCUUACGAGACGACGGACGAGUGCCGUGGCCACGCUCGAGGCCGAGGUCCGCGCCGCCCAGGAGCGCCUGGAAGCGGAGGUGCGGGAGGCCCAGCGACGAUUGGAGGACGCGCGGGCGGCGCUGCCCUCGAUGGCAAGGCCUCAACCUGUGGAAGCGCCGGCCCCGGCGCCGCUGCCAUUUGACCCCUUCGCCGGCAACGCCGAGACGUUCGUGAGAGCCGCGCACGCGUUCACUGGCGACGGCGACCAGGAGUUGAGCAUCGAGCGGGACCAGGCGCUGCUCGUGCGGACGGCGCACCUCGCGGACGCGUCGGGCUGGGUCUUCGCGGUCGCCGUCGACGACGGCGAGGGCGAGCCGCGGUGCGGCUACGUGCCCAUCUCGCACCUCGGCGGCGCGGUGUCGCCGCGGUUCUUUCAGGACGAGGCGUCGGAGGUGUCGUAA